AUGACCAAAGCAUUCGAACCGUUUCGCAAAGUCGACCCCGAAGUCCUUGACAACUUGGGCGAGCGAAUGCUUGCCCUUGACAUGGAAGAUAUCGUUGUCGUCACGAUGGAGAAUGGCGAAAUCAACGCUACCAACGACAAAUUCUGGGCCUAUCACGGUGACGUCCUUCGCGAUAGCCUGACGAGCAAUUCUGCCUACACAGCAGUACUUCUCAAUGUCACCAUUCUGCUUAAUACGUACGACGAGUCGAAGAUCGUUGUGCAUCCUAAGCACGAACAGCCAUCGUUGGACGAUGCCUCGCCCCUCGACGACUUUUCACGAACCCAGUCGUGGUCCAGAAUGACAGUCAGCUGCCCUGAUGAACCAUCAGUAAAGAACGUAGACGUCACAAUGGGCAGAAACACAACCGGAUUUGUAUCCAAUUUGACCGAAAGCCAGGACAUUUGUCAGCAUUUUGAGUAUCAGAAGCUACACAGCUUCUUCAAUACCCCGGAAAGCUUGCGCUUGACAGACCUGCCUCUUCCACUCUUUUCUCAAGCAAAACCGUCUUCAUUCCAGGAUCUGCUUUAUCCCAGUCCUUUCUACGAAGCUCACCGAAGCGAUUAUGAAGCGGACGAUGACCUCUCAUGGGACUCCAUAUAUACUGGCUUGUACUGGCGGGGCUCCACCACAGGCGGUCAUAGUACACUAGAGAAUUGGCACGACAUGCACAGAUAA